CUACAGUUUGCGUUUAGCGAUCAGUCGCUCUGCACGCCACUGUUAGUGUUGUGUCUCGCUCUAUUAUACAUGGUGUUACUCUGUAGCACAUAGCUGGUGUAAACAAAGACAACUACGUUGACGUCUUCCUCGACUAAUGAAUAUUUUGAUGUAAACAAUGGGAUGGAUGAAUACAGCUACUGUUAAAAUCUGUGCAUAUUUUGAAUACUUACGUGUAUACUAAAGUUGGAUUUGAGACGUGAUGUCCAUUCCAUUAUGCUGAAAGUCACAACACAUGAUGAUGAGGUGUAAACAGUUCUGGUAGGGAGGCGGCGCGACAUGAACUCUGACGUUCAUCGCCACCAGGCGCAUCCGCCGCUUGCACAGCACGGCGUGCACGCAGGCGCGCAGAGUGUAGGCCCGUGCGGCUGGUACUCUGCGUCCGCGGCCGCACCCACUGCGCCAGCGCGUCUCAAGCGCGCCCAACCGCCGAACCAGCUGCCAUCCGGAGGUGGUGUGAGCGGCAGUAAUGGGCCACACGCGCCUCUCUCGCCCACCGCAUUGCAGAAUUCCGUUCCACAUAAUAACUUAAUGUCGUCGUCGGUGCGGGCGCCGGCCCCGACUCCUCGAGCCGCCAUGCACACUUCGCAGACAACGCCUGUGGUGGUGUCGAAAGGUGCUAGUGAUGUGUUGGUGAACUCUACUACGGCUCAAAACCCACCGCCGGUCGGCAAUAGGCUGGUCAACAUGUCGCAGUGGUCAUGGCACCACGGCGCGAUCUCCCGGGAGCGUGCAGAGGCGCUGCUGUCGGGAUCCCCGGAUGGCGUGUUCCUGGUGCGGGAGAGCACCAACUUCCCUGGGGACCAUACGCUAUGCGUCAGAUUCAGGGGACGUGUCGAACAUUACCGUGUAAAAUGGGCGACGGCCCCGGACAGCCAGAACCAGCGGCUGACGAUUGACGACGAGGAAUUCUUUGACACCAUGACUGAUUUAAUACAUCACUAUUUGGAAGACGCGGAUGGAUUGUGUACGAAACUAGUUCGGUGUCUCCCGAAAGCGUCUCCCAACGGUGCCAAUAACAAUGGAGCCGUACAGCCCGCUUACCCACCUCCCCCUCAAAUCCCCGUGUGCGCGGCGCCGCCGCCGUACCCGCCGACACCGGCGGUGCCGCCGUUCCAGCAGCCGCACUCCCAGCAGCUCCACUCUCAGCAGCCUCACACUCAGCUGCCCCACUCUCAGCAGCCUCACUCUCAGCUGCCCCACUCUCAGCAGCCUCACUCUCAGCUGCCCCACUCUCAGUUGCCUCAAUCUCAGCAGCCGCACUCCGCGCACGCCGACCACGUGGACGGCACGCCUGUGCAGAACAACUUUAUUGAUGCGCAUUGGAGGAUAGACGAGCGCGACCUGGAGAUCCGGGAGAACAUCGGCAAGGGCGAGUUCGCGGACGUGAUGCUCGGCAUCCUCAACGGCUCCCAGAAGGUGGCCGUCAAGAUCCUCAAGGACCGGGAGGCGGCCAGCAAGUUCCGGGCCGAAGCUAGUGUUAUGGCAUCACUGAAGCACGAGAACCUGGUUCGUCUCCUGGGCUUGGUGUUCAGCUCUAACGGCGGCACUUGUAUUGUGACGGAGCACUGCGCGCAGGGCUCUCUGCUGGACUAUCUGCGCAGUCGCGGACGACACCACGUUACCCAGCUCGACCAAAUUAAUUUUGCUUAUGACACAUGUUGCGGCAUGGAGUACCUGGAGCGCAUGCGAGUUGUGCACCGCGACCUGGCGGCACGGAACGUGCUGAUUUCCGCCACCGGGACGGCCAAGGUGGCGGACUUCGGCCUGGCGAGGCCGGACCGAGAGCGAGACGAUCCCGCCGACCAGCUGCGGCUGCAGGCCAAGCUGCCCAUCAAGUGGACCGCGCCCGAGGCUCUCAAACACAAUAAAUUUUCUAAUAAGUCUGACAUGUGGAGUUUCGGUAUUCUCUUAUGGGAGAUUUACUCGUUUGGAAGAGUGCCCUACCCUCGAAUUCCGCUAGCAGACGUGGUGCGCCACGUGGAGCGCGGGUACCGCAUGGAGGCGCCGGAGGGCUGCCCCAGCGGGCCCUACGACGUGAUGCGCGCCGCCUGGCUGCCGGAGCCGCGCCAGCGCCCCACGUUCGCGGCCACGCGGCUGCAGCUGGCCGCCAUCCGCGACGACACGUUGCAGGCCGCCGCCGCGCACCCGCCCGCACUGCCGCCCGCACUGUCGUAAUUGUUCCGGCAGAAUAACAAAGGACUGCGUAUGUAUAUUUUAUAACUAGGCGACGUGCUGUGACGGUUUCAAGCUGUAUUUUACAUUACUUGACAUUAUGUAAGAACUAAAUUAUUUGAAUAUGUUUAAAGACACACCCUCGCUUAAGAAAUAACUCUAAUUAGAUUAGUUAAUCUGUAAAAUUGGUAAGCCGUAGAAGAAUCCGGUGUUAGCGUAAUACUAGGCAAAUUACAGGGCUUUUAGUGUGUACUCCGCACGAAAUUUGUUGGUAUCUAUCUAUGUGAACGCCUUUAUAUUUUUCAUUAAAUUAAAUUUUACUAUAUUUAUAGGCGCUUAUUGUUCCUUGGCAAGAUAACGUAUGUAUGUAUAUUAAAAAAGCCAUUUACAUAAUAGUGUUUUUCUACCUGCAAAGAAUUUGGUGGCACAGUUUAUUUUUCGAAAGAUCCAAGACCGUUAAACUAAAAGCACUAUAUUAAAUUUUGCGAUCCAGUUCUAUGCGAUUAGUGUGAAGUUGUGAACCGACCAGAUUCAUCAUCCAUUUCGUGUGGAGUUAAGUCUUACAGGGUUGUUUAUCCUUAUAGAAACUAACUUCUGCACAAGAUCUCUAAUGAUGAAUAAUUUACCCUCGUACAAAUUAAACCCAGUGUGAUAAUGAUGCCAUAACACAGUGAAUUAAAUAUAAUGAAACACAAACAUUUCGUUUCUCUGAGGAUAUUUCGCUAAAAGCUUUGUAACAAAUUGUCAAAGGCCUAAAAUUUACGAAUUAUUGUAUAAUUCUCAUAAAGAUUCCACCCAAUAUGGCUAUUGGCCGUAUGUCGGUUCUAUGGCGCUGUCUAGUCAAAGUAAAGUUUGUAAUAUUCGUUGUAUAAUAGUUAAUAUUUCAUAUUAUUUAACGGUGUACGGUGACUGAUAACACAUAGAUUGACUCAAGUUUAUGUUGCGGUGCAUUGAUUUUAUUCGUAUUGUUCUAAAUGCCUGGACAUCUUUAUGAAUUUAAACCACUUAUUAUUGAUAUCAACUUUAAGAUUCACUUGAUCAACGUACAUAUAUAGUCUCAGUAAUGUUUAACGACCCAUAUAUUUUUCUAACGUCAGUAUUUUUAAUAUUUACUGUAUCAAAAUGGUUAGUGUAAAAAUGUGGUGCAGCUGAAAUUGAACGAGGUGAUUCAUUCCAAAUGUUGAUUUGUAAAUAUCAGUGCAUUUGUAUUUUUGACUAAUCAGGCUGGGUGCAUCUUUAUAACCAAUGCAUUGAUUUUUGCACAUUUUGUAAUUUUAAGAUAUUCUAGCCGUAUAAGAAACGAGUUGCGUAAGCUAACUUACAGGUUGUGUGUACUAAAAUAAAUUGUAGAGAGGCACGUUCUCGGUAUUUUUAGUAAAUUUAUAGGAGUCGUGCGAAUUAUAAUAUUUAAAUGUGUCCAUUUAUGAAAUUGCAUCGUUACGCCAAUGCGCUAUACGUAAUUUAUUUUAAUGAUGUGAUAACAAUUGACAACAUUUCAUAUUUUCAAGAUCUUAAACAAAAAUAACCGUUCAUUUUACUAUUCUAUUUCCAAAAAUAUCAAAUUGUAUUUUUUUUUUUUCAAUUUAUUUUUGAGAAAGUUAAAAUCUAUUAUCAGAGCUAUGAAGUCAUCUCUAUGAUGUAGAAAAGUUAGUUACUUAGCGUAAUCUUCUGCUGCUAGCUUCAAUUCAUCAACUGAGUGUCACUGUCAGGGAAAAUAACAUUUGCAAGCUUAAACAUCCUCUUUCGUAAUUUUUUUUUUAUUCACGACAUGAUAUAUCUACAUAACAACAACUGAAAACAAAAUAAAAAUUCAUAGGUUGGUCAUGUUUGUAUACAAAACACCUGUUGUCAGUGUUACGAUUUGUUUUUUUUAAACGUUGAUAUUUUUUAUACGUUACAACAAUCUUUUAAGAAUGAGCCAAAUUUCAAACAUAAAAUUUGAUAUGUUAACAACCUCAAACAAAAAUAUAAUAAAACAUGGGUGUCUUAACUAUGGUAAAAGUAUCAAAUUAAAUAAAAAAAAAAUUGCUAUGAAAUGUUGUCGAUUCCUAUUAUUUUGUUGUAUUUUUCGUAUGUUGAACAUUUCGUGCAUUGCUUUUAAGUUCGCUACAUAACCCAGUUAAACACUUAAAAAUAAAGAGUCAUACACUGUAUUCCUUAUAAACAGGGGUGUAACCAGUAAACCUACUAUGUUAUUCUUAUAAAUUUCCAUGAAACAUGAAAUUCGUACAAUUUUUACGUUAAAUUUACUAAAUUAAUGAAUCUCAUUGGCUAAUUGUGUCGUGAAUAUCGUUAUAGAUUGAUAAGAUUUAUAUCCCUUGUACAAACUUGAUCCAUAGCUAAUUUAUCUCCCCACUAUAUUUAUGUCAGAUGAGUAUCAAAUUUGAAUACUUUCAAAAGAUUUUAUAUGUGGACUUUUGUGAAGAGAAUGAAUAAUAAAAAAUAUGUUCAUGAAAGUAUUUAAUUAACUAUUGUUAGACUAAAAUUCUAUUAUUAUGCGAUUAAUGUUGUCUUAUCAUGCUUAGUCUUAGCUAAAUUGUUUUAAAGUAAUUGCGUAUAUUUUAAGAUGUCCAUUUAUGUGUAUAUAUUAUUUCACUAGUAAAAAUUGAGAUCAUAGUUGUAUAUUGGAUACUUUUUUACACGGAAAGCAAAUGAGACAACAUUACACAUAUGAGUUUUCUAAAAAUCUGGUUCAAAGACUAUAUUAUGAAGGUAUCCGUUCAAGUACUAUGUAUUCUUACGCAAUACUAGGUAUAAGUGUUAAAUUGUUUUAACGGUUUAUUUAUGAUCUAUUUGCAAAUCGGUAUGUAAUGAUUUACCAAAUCGAUUCAUAAUGCGAGUCAUUUCUUUUCUACCAAAGCGUAUUUUAAUGAAAAUGACUUGUAUAGUAUUUCAAAGUCUUCCUCAUUUGAUUUUAUGAUUUAUUGUAAGCAUGGGCGUACAACUGUGCUAGUCUCAAAGGUUAACAAUAAGCCUUAGGACUGAUAUGUUUGCAGUUAUAGUUUUGUCAUUACUUUAAAAAUAACGAUACAAAAAUCUGAACUAUGGUUUUGUUUAUUGCUGUAUGUACUAUUUUAUCCACACUGUAAAUACAUGUAAUUAUAAGCGAUAAAAUGUAUAAUAACAAAAUAUAAAUCCACAAUACA